UGGGAAGUGUCACGUUGUGGAAUGUUUCAGGAAGCUGGAACAUGGACGGUCUAAACGCUGGUCUUGCAUCCUGAGUUUGAAAUAUCCUUGAGCGGGACUUUAAUGAGACGUGGCUGACAGCGGGCAGUGCUCAUUUCUGUCCUCUGAGAUGCGUUUCCACAUUAUCACCGCAGCUUUUCUCUGGGCUGCGUUUGUGGAGUCGCGGAAAAUCCGAGGAAUAUCUUCGUCCUAUAAAAGGUUCUACAGGGAGAGGAAGUCAUUUCUGUGCAUAGACGGGUCCAAAAUGAUUCCUUUCGAGCAGGUGAACGACGACUACUGCGACUGCGCAGAUGGGUCAGAUGAACCAGGCACCUCGGCGUGUCCUCGUGGUCGAUUCUACUGCACCAACCUGGGCUUCAGGCCGCAUUACAUCCCAUCAUCUAGAGUCAACGACGGCAUCUGCGAUUGCUGCGACGCGUCAGACGAAUACAACAGCCACGCUCGCUGCCAGAACACUUGCUGGAAUCUGGGACAGAAAGAGCGGGCGUACGUGGAGGGUCAGAUGAAGACCUUGGAUGAGGGUUUGAGACUCAAGCAGCAGCUGAUUGAGGAUGGGGUGCUGCUCUGGAGGGAAAAACAGGCGCAGCUCAGAGAGCUUCAGCGGGCCGCCGAAGAUCUGCAGAUCAAAUUAGAGGAGCACCGAAAGAGGAAACAUGAAGCUGACCGACUCAAAGAGCAAACAUUAAAGGCUUUGAAAGUCGGGGAUAGAGAUGUACGGCCUGAGUCAUCCUCCUGCGGUUUUAGGCAUCAGAAUAGCACCGUAUCUCACCUUUUCCAACUACUGGACAGCAAUAAAGAUGGCAGUAUAUCGUUGGAUGAACUCAAGGCUAAAGUGGUGCUUGUCCAUGAUGAGACGAGGGUUCUCUCCGAGGAUGAGGCACUGACUUAUUAUGUGGGCAGAGAACAAAAGACAAAGGAUACGGUGUCGGAGUCAGCAGCUGAUCCAAUGACAGCGAGGCGAGAUGGUCUCAGGUGUACCCGCUUCUCAAGUAGCACUUCAAGUUAAGAAAGGUUGUGAUUGAGGAGGCCAAGGAGCGAAAAAGAAACUCUGGGGCAUCAUGGGAGCUUGCGUCCUGCGUGAUGAGUUCUUGGUGCGUGCAAACUCCCCGACAUCAAGAAAGGCAAAGAGACAGGAGACCUGAACUCUCCGACCUUCCCAAAAGCGAGACCAGACUCGCAUCAUGCUGAACAAGAGAUUCCUGACUCUGCACUUCUCUUAUUGCAGCUAGCUUAGUGUAUUUAUUGUCUCCUGUAAGUAAAAUUGGAUUUUCAGAGCCUAGUUUUUCAGGUUUAAUUUACCAGCUGCUAAUGAAUGUGCAAGAAAAUCUGAAGAAUAUAAAAGUUUAGAAAAGGGUUAUUGUUUUUAUUUUUAGAAAUACAGGAAAUCAAGGAUUUAUGACGAACCAAUGGCU